AUGUCGUCGUUCCUGGAGAAGCAAUCGUCCGCCUUCAAGGGUACGCUCGCGUCGGCAGCGUCCAAGAUUUCGAAUCCCAAGGGCGCGGCGGCAGCAGCAGCAUCAUCGACAGCGCCUCGGGCGCCAUCCCCGACCCCGUCGGCCACGUCUGAGGGGAACAAGACGCCUACGACGAAGCGGAAGCGCGAUGCGGCGCCGGAGGUGUGGUCUCAGCCGCAGCUGACGGGGUACGGCUCGGAGGUGAAGACGCAGAUGACGUUCGCGGUGGACUACCUGAAGAAGAAGGGCACGGCGGCCAAGACGGCCAACGACAUACUGGACCACCUGUCGCUGCGGAGCUUCACGGACGACCACAAGCGGGAGCUGAUCGAGGGCCUGAGGCGGCACCCGCGCGUCGAGUGGCGGCCGGACGGGACGCUGGCUGAGCAGACGUGGCGCACGGGCCGGUACGUCUACCGGCCCAUCAUCACGGACGUGCGCGACCAGACGUCGCUGAUCGCGCACCUCCAGCGCAAGACGGACGCGUCGGGCGUGUCGGUCAAGGACCUCAAGGAUGGCUGGCCCGAGUGCGAGGACGCCCUGACGUCGCUCGAGCGCAGGCACAAGGUGCUCGUCGUCCGCACCAAGAAGGACAACUUCCCCCGCUUCGUCUGGGCCAACGACCCCUCCCUCCACCACGACGUCGACCCGGACUUCUGCGCCAUGUGGCAGCGCGUCCAGAUCCCGUCCCUCGACGACAUGCAUAGGAAGCUCGUCGCCGUCGGGCAGAAGCCCACGUCCGAGGACCCCCGCAAGGCCGCCCAGUCCGGGCCGGCCAAGCCGAAGCAGCAGAAGAAGAGGGCUGGUAAGCGCGCUGGAAAGGCGACCAAUGUCCACAUGGCGCAUCUCAUGCAGGAUUACAGUGGGAUGAGGAGGUGA